GGGGCGUUAUGGCAUUCCUUCCCUUGUCUGGAAUGCACUAUUUUGGUGACUGGUAUUAUGGCAAGAACGUAGUGUGCCUGCCCCUGCAGCUUUCCCCGCAAUUACAAAAAGGCUGGGAAUACUCCACUUCCAUCUUUAUCGCUCUAAAUUUUUCUCUUUUCAUCUUCAUUACGGUGGCCUAUGUUGCCAUCUUGUUGAAAUCAUGGUCAUCAAGCAGACGGCUCGGUACACAUGGAACUGUUCGUGAAAUACGGGCAAGAGCACAAAGUGCACAGGCCAAAAGAGAAAGGGCACUUGCCAAAAGAGUCUUCUUCAUUAUUCUGACCGAUUUCCUGUGUUGGAUACCAAUCAUUACUAUCGGCAUGAAGUCUCACGUCGAGAAAACAUUUGAUCCCCCUGGUGAUCUGGCAGUGUGGAUUGCAGUGUUCGCUCUGCCGAUCAAUUCAGCUAUCAACCCAUUGCUGUAUACGCUUUCUACUCCACAGGUGCAAGCUAUACUGAAACCAAAACUGAGGAAGCUGUGGUCCAAUGUUCGAACUUUUUUCAACAGAGGACAAAAUCAAGAAGAAGAAGCAGAAAAUGAUCACCAGAGACAGGGUGGAAAUGAAGAUGCACACGCUAUCAACGAAGAGGGUAAAAUAUAUUUGAUUAAUGAGAACACAUUGAAAUGCAAGUAA